AUGCCUCACGCCGAGCAUUCCAACUUUGCCAAACCCGGCGCGCAGACCACCAAACCCGCGGCCUACCAACAGGCCCUCGCCAGCCUGGCAUCCCUGUGCGAAGGUCAGCGGAACUGGGUGUGCAACCUCGCCAAUGCGGCCUCCCUGCUGUGGCAUCUGCACCACUCCUUGCCACCGCCGCGGGAGCGGGAAGCUGCCACUCAGCCGGGAAGUGGCAUUGGUGUCAACUGGGCGGGAUUCUACGUCCUGGACCCGUCUGCGCCGGAGAAGCAGCUGAUCUUGGGCCCCUUUAUGGGCAAGGUCGCUUGCCAGACGAUCGCGCUGGGGAAGGGUGUCUGUGGCACGGCGGCGGUGGGCAGAGACGGCAGUGGUCGCGGGGAGACGUUACUGGUGAGCGAUGUGGAUGCGUUUCCUGGGCAUAUUGCUUGUGACGGCGAGAGUCGGAGUGAGAUUGUGGUGCCGAUAAGGGCCACGAAUGGCAAGGUCGUCGGCGUCAUUGAUAUCGAUUGUGCGGAACUCGACGGCUUCGAUGAGGAAGAUCAAAAGGGGUUGGAAGCAAUAGCAGAUUUACUGGGACAGGCCUGUGACUGGUAG